UGAAAGCUUAAGUUCUCGGUUUCUUACUCCCCUCGAUAUUAGUUUCCUUGCUCGUCUUCUUUAAGUCAUCAGCAAUGUCUGGCGCAGCGUCUGCAGCCGCAGGGUCGAAACUCUCCGCGUUUAUGAAUCAUCCAGCCGGCCCAAAGACAGUCUUCUUCUGGGCACCAUUGAUGAAGUGGUGUCUUGUUGCUGCUGGUGUAAAGGACAUGAGUCGGCCAGCAGAAAAACUCAGCGUAUCGCAAAACGUUGCGCUCGCAUGCACAGGUUUUAUCUGGGUUAGAUACUCAUUGGUCAUUACCCCGAUAAACUAUAGUUUGGCAGCGGUGAACUUCUUUGUUGGCUCUACCGGUUUAGGACAGUUGGCUCGAAUCGCAAAUUACCGGUACAAUGGAGAGGCAGUCAAGGCUUGAUUAGUUUCUCUUGAGAGUUUUUUUUAUCUAUCCAUGCUUCCCUUGCAAUGUCACUUGGUCAAAGCUCGAUGAAUCGUUCUUAUUGGAAUCA